AUGAGCUCGUCAAAUAUCAGAGACCUCUUGACGGCUUUUAGUCCGUCUUUGGACUUGUUCGCCAUCAGCUCUGGAGAUGGUCGAAUUAAGAUUUGGGACACUGUGAAAGGUCAAGUCCAGACAGAGUUCACAGACAUUGUAUCAUCAGAAGAUACAAGCAUAUAUGCAAAACGAGAAAGAGGGCACCUUUCAGUUGAUUACACAUGCAUGAAGUGGUUCUCUUCCGAAAGAAAGAAGAAAAGGAAGCUUGGUUGUUCAUUGUUGGUUUUGGGAACUGGCGGUGGUGAUGUUUUGGCACUUGAUGUGUCUGCUGGUCAAUUGAAAUGGAGACUGAACGACUGCCAUGCUGGUGGCGUUAGCUCCAUAUCAUUUCCAAGAAAUGCUUCAUGUAUUUACACUGCCGGUGCUGAUGGGAUGAUUAGUGAAAUUGAUGCUUUGACAGGAAACCUGUUGGGGAAGUUCAAAGCUUCCACAAAGGCAAUCUCUUCUAUGUCUGUUUCGUUCGAUGGGAAGAUAUUAGCAACUGCGGCUGCACAAAUGAAGAUUUUCAAUUUGUCUGAUCACAAGAAGAUACAGAAGUUUUCUGGCCAUCCGGGAGCUGUUCGCUGUAUGAUCUUCAGCGAAGAUGGGAAGUACAUCCUCUCAUCUGCAGUUGGUGAAAGGUAUAUUGCAGUAUGGAAUAUAGGUGGUGGAAAAAAGCAGUCAGCAAGUGCUGUUCUUGCAAUGGAGCACCCUGCUGUCUUUGUAGAUAGCAGGUGCAUAGACAGUGGUGAAGUUGGUGAUAUAGGUCUAUAUGUAUUAGCGAUUUCAGAAGUCGGUGUUUGUUAUUUUUGGUUUGGAAAGAAUAUUGAAGAAUUGCGGAAUGCCAAGCCUACAAGAAUUUCAGUAUCAUCUGAAGUCAUUUUGACCAAAACUCAGAAGGGUGCAGUAACUACAAUAUUUGCUGCGGUUUUGCAAGGAAUUGUAAAAGCUGCUUCUGGGCAGAUAUUUGUUGCUUAUGGAUUACCAGUGAAGCCAUUAUUCCAGAAAAUUUUGGUGCAUUCUGGCACAGACAUAGAGUUGAGUAGCUCCCAUGAUGGGGUUCUUCUACCAAUGAGUCGGUCUCUUGUCAAAUCUAAGAAAGGACAAAAUGUACAAAAUAGAGUUAUUGCAUUAGAUCGUGCAAAUGCAGAAGAUGCCUUGCUUCCAAUUCCGAAGAUUUUUGAUUCACACGAGAAAAAGAAAAGACAUGAAAAAUUAAAUGACAUGGUAGAAUUUGAAGCUGACACUGCAGCAAUUUGCAUGGAGGACCGACUGAGAUCAUUAGGGAUACUUAGCAAAGCAGAUGACCUUACAAUUAACUCUACACUCAACUCUGCAACAUUCAAGAGUAUUGAUCUUCGGACUAAUAUGCCACAGAAGAAGAUGAGGGCAGCUGUUUUGUCAUUAGAACCUAGUGACGCAUGCAAGUUAUUGGGAGUCUUGGUGGCCAUGUGGCAAACAAGGUCUAGCAGUGGGAAUUAUGUUCUUCCAUGGAUAUACAGCAUAUUGGUAAAUCACAGUCAUCAAAUCAUGUCUCAAGAACCCGAAACCCAGAUGCUUAGCUCCUUGCUCAAGGUUACCAAAUCCAGAGGGGCAGCUAUUCAGCCUUUAUUACAAUUAUCGGGUCGUUUGCAACUUGUGAUGGCACAGAUUGACAAGGCAACCCACACUAAAACUCAAGUGUUAUCGCACGAGAACCAAAUGGAUGAAAGUGAAGAUGAGGAUGAAGAUGUAAAUGAAAUCCACUAUGGUGAGGAAGAUGAUGAUUCUGAAAUAAGCAGUGAUGAUGAUCAGUAG